AUGAUUGAGACGGAGAGGUUGAGAUUGCUCAAGGGCGAGCCGGAAUGGACUACAGUGCCGAGUGCAAGUGGUGCCGGUCAACGUAUCGCCCGGUGCGCUACAUGCAAGACCGCUGUUUGGAGUGUUUACAACGCGGGCGAAAUCAAAGCGCGUGUGAAGGACUCUAUCCGCAUCGUCGAUGUCGGGACAUUGGACAACCCAGACGCUUGGCCGCCUGAUGCCCACGUUUGGAUUUCCGACAAACAGCCAUGGAUUAUCCUUUCAGACAAGACUCCCGCCUUCCAAGACAGCAACUAUGUCCGUGAGGAGGUGUGGUCAAAGGAGAGCCUGGAGCGGAGACGAAAGGCAGGGGCAUUCUCUGACGACGAAUAA